AUGCCCGAACCCGCGCCCCCAACCAGCCCCCCAUCCAAUCUCCCCGCGUUCCUCUCCACCGCCAAAGCACAAUACCUAUUCGCCGUGCAUGAUGGCACCGCGGCCGAGUGGGUCGUCGUGAUGGGCAACGAAGCCGGGGACCUCGACAGCCUCGCAUCCUCCCUCGCCCUCGCGCUCUUCCUCUCCCUCACGCGCCCCGACGCGCGGGGGAAAGUGGUCCCGCUCCUGCAGACCCCGCACGCGGACCUGCACCUGCGCCCGGAGAACCUGCACGCCCUCUCCCUCGCUUCCCUCGACCCCUCCGCACUGCUCUGCCUUGACGACGUCCCCUCCCCCCUCCCCUCGGGGAAGUUCGCGCUCGUCGACCAUAACCGCUUGAACCCGUACUUUUCCGCCUCCCCAUCCACGGCAGAGGUCGUCGCGGUGGUGGACCACCACGACGACGAGGGGCUGUACACGGAUACAGCGGACCCGCGGGUCGUGCAAGUCCCCACGGGGAGCUGCGCGUCCCUCGUCGCGCUGCUCUACCGCGAGCGCGUGCCGGGGGCGAUGGGCGCGGACCUGGCCGUGCUCCUGCUCAGCGCGAUUAUCAUCGACACCGCCGGGCUGAAGGAGGGCGGGAAGGCGGAGCGCGCGGAUCGCGAGGCGGCGGCGUGGCUGUCGCCCCUCGCGUCGCGGGUGCCGGCGUUGCGCCCUGGCACCCUUGUCCACGGGUCGGAUCUUGGGGCCGGUGAGGUGGACGUAGCGGGGCUGACGCGGGUGCUCCAGGAGCGGAAGUUCGAUGUUGGCGGUUUGGGGACGUACGACCUCCUCCGGCGGGAUUACAAGGAGUACAGCUUAGCGCCCUCUUUCCCUCUCUCCGCGUCCCUGUCGCCUUCCUCCUCGCCGGGGACAGCGCCAGUCCAAGUCGGCCUCGCGACCGUCCCGCGCGGCCUGAAAUCCUGGCUCCCCGCGGACCACUUCUUCUGGGGCGAGUGUCAGCGGUGGAUGGACGCGCGCGGGCUGGGCGUUUUGGGCAUUCUAAUGACAUUCACGGGGAGCGGGAAGAAAGGGAAGCGGAAGCACAAACGGCAACAGCUGUGGAUUGUCAGACGCGGGUACGAGGAGGUGGGAAGAAGAUUGUGGGAGGGCCUCGAGGGGAGCGGGGAGCUGGAGGUCGUGAGGAAGGGGGUGGGGAAGUAUUUGGAAGGUGCGAAGGGGGAGGAGGGGGAGAGGGGGAAGGCAGAGAUGGACAUGGAGGGGGAGGAGAUGGAGAAAGAGGAGAGGGAGGGGCGGGUGAGGGUGUACAAGCAGGGGAACGCGAAGGCAACCAGGAAGGCGGUCGCGCCGCUCGUGAGGCGGAUCAUCGAGGGGGGGUGAGCGGAUUCAUAUGUAGCGAGAGGCAGAGUUCGAAGUAAAUGCAUGCUCUAUGUUAAUCGACGCGUUGACAAGCUGAUGCUAGCCGUACAUCGAUGCGAGUAUACAUACAUGCGCACAUUAUCUCUACCACCCGCCAAAUCCUCCACCGUGAUGAUGUCCCCCGCCACCCGGCCCACCGCCAAACAUUCCACCGCCACCACCGCCAAACUCUCCCGGACCACCA